UUGCUUUGGGGACAUUUUGGCAACUCCAGAUCUUGUUGAGAUCUCAGUCCCAAGAGAAGGGAGCCUCAGAAAAAAGUAAUUAUUUGCCUUGUUCCAACCAGACAGGGAGACACGGGAUUGAGCUCAGCCCCUGGGUCAAACGAAUCUGCAAUAUUUUUAGCAGUGUCAGUUUCCUUCCAAACCCUGGGCAAACAACUUGUCAACGCACGCAGACAUAGGGAACCAUGGGCAAGAGAGUUGCAGUGAUUGGUGCUGGGGUGAGUGGGCUGACCUCUAUCAAAGCCUGCCUGGAUGAAGGCUUUGAGCCCACAUGCUUUGAGCGGAGCUGCGACAUCGGAGGGCUCUGGAGAUUCACAGAAACAGUAGAGAAAGGCAGGGCAAGCAUCUACAAGUCAGUUGUCACAAAUACCUCCAAAGAGAUGUCCUGUUUCAGUGACUUUCCAAUGCCUGACCACUUUCCUAACUACAUGCACAACUCCAAGUUCCUGGAAUAUCUGCGACUUUAUGCCAAGUGCUUUGAUCUGCUCAAAUACAUCAGGUUCAAGACUCCUGUUAUCCAAGUAGAAAAAAGCAAAGAUUACUUGACCACUGGUCAAUGGGUAGUUGUCACUCAAAAUGAGGACAGGCAGGAGUCGUCCAUCUUUGAUGCUGUUAUGAUCUGCAUUGGCCACCAGAUAGAAGCCUACAUCCCACCGCUGGAGUGUUUUCCUGGCUUCGAAAAGUUCAAGGGGAGCUAUCUUCACAGCCAAAGCUACAAGAAACCGGACAUAUUUCAAGGAAAAACUGUGGUGGUCAUCGGAAUGGGGAAUUCAGCUGCCGAUAUCGCUGUGGAGCUCUGUCACUGGGCGAAAAAGGUAGUUCUCAGCACAAGGGGAGGUUCCUGGAUAAUGAGCCGCUUGUUAGACAAUGGCUAUCCGUGGGAUGUCAUCCUUCACACCCGUUUCAAAAACCUGCUUGUCAAUCUCCUCCCCUUGGACAUCGUGCGAUGGAUGUUAGACAAGAAGAUGAAUUCAUGGUUUAACCAUGAAAACUAUGGCUUGUUGCCUUGUAACAGGCUCCUAUUGAAAGAGCCAGUGUUUAACGAUCUUCUGCCAAGCCGCAUCAUCUGCGGUGAUGUAGCGGUGAAGCCGCUUGUCAAGAAAUUCACCGAAACCUCUGCCCUGUAUGAGGAUGGGACUGUUGAAGAGAAUUUGGACGUGGUCAUCUUUGCAACUGGCUAUUCCGUGGUGUUUCCCUUUCUGGACGAGUCAGUGAUCAAGGUGGAAGAGAAUCGUGUUGUCUUGUAUAAACAUGUCUUCCCUCCUCACCUGGAGAAACCCACUCUGGCUGUCAUUGGCCUCAUCCAGCCCCUUGGGUCCAUCAUGCCCACCUCUGAGCUACAAGCACGCUGGGCAACACGAGUUUUCAAAGGGCAGAGUGUGUUGCCUUCCAAGAGCACCAUGCUGGCUGACACUAUCAAAAGGAAUGAAAAGAGGCUCAAGUGGUUUGGGACCAGCCGCAGCCAGUCAAUACAAACAGAAUACAUCAGCUACCUGGAUGAGCUUGCUGUCGGUAUUGGAGUGAAACCAAACCUGCUCACACUGCUGCUGAAGGAUCCCAAACUGGCCAUGACUGUCUUCUUUGGGCCCUGCACCCCAUUCCAGUUCCGUUUGGUGGGACCAGGGAAGUGGGCUGGAGCCAGGAAGGCCAUCCUCACCCAGACAGAACGCAUGAUCAAGCCCACAAAAACUCGAGUUGUGACCAGCUCUACAACUUACACUCUGGUGUUUCUGCUUAAAAGCUUUGGUCUUCUUGCUCUCUUGGUAGCAGUUUUUCUUUCCUUUGUCCAGCACUGAGCUGACCAAAGGACCCCCCUUUCCCUCCCUCCCUUUCUCCUCAGGGUGGGUGAGCCAUGAACCAGUGCCUAACCCUAACACCUCCUUUCCAUGGUGGGUGGGUCAUAACCAGAUGCUGGGCCCCCUCCUCUUUUCUCCCCCUCCCUUCCUUUCCUCCAGGGUUGGUGGACCUUGACCAAAUGAUGGGCCUCAUCACACAGCCCCAUCCUCCCCUCCCC